GCUCAGCCUCCACCGGAGUUGUUGUGGAGCGUGCGCUCAGUGUGAUACUGUGCGUAAAAUCCACCUACCUGUCAGACGCAGAAGCGGUGCCAUGGCGGGCAGAGCUCGGCGGCGGGCAAAGUCCAUUCUUACACACAUGGAAUAACUUCCUUUUAAACGGAUGCCAUAUGCUGUGCCACGGUGACAGUUUCCCAGAGCUGAUAAUGUGAAGUAGAAAGGUGGGUCCGUCCGUCUCCAUCGACUCAGUUGCGCAGAGGAACGAUGCUGAUCGAAGCUGCGGGAAGAUUUUCCACCACAGUUACCAGACUGCCAAAUCUUCUUUGGAGUUCAUCCUCUGAUCCACAAGACGUGUGAACCUGCCAUUAUGGAGAGCCUCAGUGAGCUCCAGAACCCCCUGCUAGACAAAACCAGCAAACACGUGGUGCACAACGAUUACCAGGGUUACCAGUGUGACUACCCGAGCCAGCCUUACCAGGACAACCUCAUUGGCUACUACUACACUGAGACUAAUGUCAAGCAUAAGACUCAACAGUUCUUGGAUGCCACAUCCCUGCAUCUAGCUGUGGAGGCCUUCUACAGGCCCAACUUUAUCCUGUACAAGGAUGACGUGAGUCUUCACAGCAAGGACUCCAAGAGUGAAAGUUUUGAGACGACUUUCACAGAGGGUAAGGACGCUGUGUUGGAUGGAGCUUCCACAGAAAACUCUCUGGACAGCACACAAGGGGAGAAGGAUGUGAAGAUCCAGACGGUGUCGUACGAGGUGGAAGAGGAGCAGGGUCCUGAGUAUGAGAGUGACAGCUCCAGUGACAGUGAGAGCGAGGACAACUUCAUAGUGCUGCCCCCUCGGGACUACCUCGGCCUCGCCAUCUUCUCCAUGCUCUGCUGCUUCUGGCCCUUGGGCAUCGUUGCCUUUUACUACUCUCACAAGACUGGCAAGGCCAUCGCUAAGGGAGACUUCUCCAGAGCAGGAAUGAGCUCCAGAAGAGCCCUAUUCCUGGCUGCUCUUUCCAUCACCAUUGGAACAGGGAUGUAUGUGGGGGUGGUUGUGGCCCUCAUAGCCUACCUUUCCAAGCCUGGACACGUAUAGCAAAGCGAACGGUCUACUUAGGGGAAAAUAGAGAGAAAGAAGAGGUCCGAUGGGAGGAAGGUAAAAGACUGGUUGGGCAGAUCUCUUCGCCUCUCCUGAAGGUGUGUGCCUGUGUUGCUGCCUGGCUGUCCACAUAAAGAAAAGGCAAUAUGAAGAAAAAAGAUUAAACCAGAAAGAAAGAAAAAAACAAGAUGCGUGGAUGGAGUAUUACUCGAACUGCAUAUUGAUCCGGACUGAAUCUUUAUUUCUGGGAUGCAACACUCCCACCAAGGUAUUCCACCACCACCACAAGAAGAAGAAGAAGAAGAAGAAAAGACUGCACUGAGAAAGAUGACUACUCUUCCACAAAACUGUGCAGUAUAUGUUAGUCAAAAACUGAUCUCAUAGCAGUAAAGAACUACCUAUCUUUCACCACAUUAGUUGUUGACAGCAGGUUUAUUUUGCCUUUAUAGAGCUGUAGAUGUAUUCUCUGUCAGUACUAUUGCAGAUUGUGUAUUUUCCACUUUGUAAAUGCAUUUCAGCCAGUGGAUUUUUAUGUGAUUGUUUAUUCAAUGAACAUAUACUGCAAACAGAGACAAGUGGACCUUUAAUUGAAAGACAGCAAAGGCGACUGUCACAGUGUACAGAAGGUUGCUGAGCAGUGGUCAAGAGGGUUAUUUGUGUUAAUUGUACCCUGUAAAUUUAGUCAAUAAAUACAUUUGGCAUGAAUACUGAAA